UUUACUAGUAUAAUAUCGGAAGCUCUUCAAGUUUUAUUAAGAAGUUUUGAUACUUCUUUUGAGGAUGUUUUAUCAAAAAUAAAGCGGAUCUCGUGGAGUACUUUGGAAGUUGUAGGCGAUUGCUCUGGUUAUGUUGAAAGUUUUUAUGCAAUACUAAUGAGCUCUAUUCCUAUCAUUCGUGAGGGAAUCGAUAAGGAAAGCCAAAAAUAUUUAAAUAAUAUUUGCCUUAAACUAGCCAAUACUUUUAUUUCAAGUUAUACAAAUACUUUAUAUCAAUGCCAAGUUUCUAUACCCGGCGCUGAGCAGAUGCUUCUGGACUGCCACCAAAUAAAGCAAUAUCUUCUCAAACUUCAUAAUAUUGACUUUCCUGAAAACAGUGUACCCAUUCCCUCCAGUUACAGCAAAUAUAUCAGUAAAGUUAUGAAUAAACUCGAGUUGUCCUUGAAAGUUUUGAUGUCCGCGGAAACUCCAGUCGAAUCAUUCGUGAUUAACUUUAUUGAUUUGCAUCCUGAAAACGAUUCACUUUUAUUCAGAAAACUUCUUUCUAUGAAGGGGUAUUCAAAAAGCGAAGAACAGAUUCUUCUUGACAGAUUCACAUCUGAAAUUGCUAAUUCUAAUUCUCUGAAAGAAGAAGGGAAAGAGGAAAACGAAAUUGAUUGCUCCGUUCUGAAGCGAUUAGAAGAUUUUAUAAAAAAUAGUUAGCAGUGCUUUUAAUUUAAAUAC